AGACACUACUGAAGCUUUCAGAGACCAAUUCUGCUGUUAAGAAUCUGUGCUCAAACCUGAAGAGCGAAACCACUUGUCAAAAUGUGCAAAGGACUUGCAGCUUUGCCACACUCAUGCCUGGAGAGGGCCAAGGAGAUUAAGAUCAAGUUGGGAAUUCUCCUCCAGAAGCCAGACUCUGCUGUUGACCUUGUCAUUCCAUAUAAUGAGAAGUCGGAGAAACCAGCCAAGACCCAUAAACCUUCACCAGAUGAGGCCCUGCAGUGGCGCGAUUCUCUGGACAAGCUCCUUCAGAACAACUAUGGACUUGCCAGCUUCAAAAAUUUCCUGAAGUCUGAGUUCAGUGAGGAAAACCUGGAGUUCUGGAUUGCCUGUGAGGAUUACAAGAAGACCAAAUCCCCUGUCAAGAUGGCAGAGAAGGCAAAGAAAAUUUAUGAAGAUUUCAUCCAAACUGACGCUCCUAAAGAGGUGAACAUUGACCACUUCACCAAGGACAUCACAAUGAAGAACCUGAUCCAGCCUUCUCUGAGCAGCUUUGACGUGGCCCAGAAAAGAAUCCAUGCCUUGAUGGAAAAGGAUUCUCUGCCUCGCUUUGUGCGCUCUGAGUUUUAUCAGGAGUUUAUCAAGUAA